AUGAAUAUCCGUGUAUACGACAACACAUGUCCUCCACGGGAAGGAGAAGAUGAGAAUGUUGCAAUUCACGAGGGUACUUUGACCAUCAAACCAGUACUUCAAUCUGAAAGCUCAUCAUUUGGAGCUGAGUUAUAUGGCGUUGAUUGGGACCAGCCUAUUCCAACUGAGAUUGUAGCACAGUUAGUCGCUCUUCAAGAUAAGUUCGGUGUCUUGAUAUUUCGAAAAACUGGAUUAGACAAUGCCCGUCAUAUUGCAUUCUCUCAGCAGCUGGGAGAUGAGCUGGAGAUUAAUCCAUUUUUCUAUGGCCGAGAGAAUGACCGUUUGAAAGAACCACUAUUAUUUGACGUGGGAAAUAUUGAGUUAGAUGGUUCACUUGUCAAACGAGACAGUCGCAGAUGGCACCACAGCUUGGGAAAUGCUUUAUGGCAUACAGAUUCUUCAUAUCACCAACAACGAUCCAAAUAUUCCAUCUUGCUCUCUCAUGGAAAUCCAGUGGAGGGAGGAUCUUGGACUCAUUUUGCCGAUAUCCGAAGAGCGUAUGAGGAGCUUCCUGAAUCCAAAAAGACUGAGAUUGAAGAUCUCAUCAUUGAACAUGAUCUUUGGCAUUCGCGAAAGCUAGCAUCGCCAGCCGUGUUUGGCAACCCUCUUCCUCACGAGUUGAAGGCCAAGCCCCCAGCAUUCCAUCGACUCGUUCAAGUGGCUCCAGAUGGCCGCAAAACAUUAUACCUGGCUGCGCAUGCGAAACAAAUCUUGGGAAAGAGCUUUGAAGAAAGUCAAAAGUUGAUCUGGGAACUGAUAGAUCAUUGUACUCAGCCUAAGUACGUUUUCUCCAUGGAGUGGAGACAAGGGGGGGACAUGGUCUGGUGGGAUAAUCGGCAAUCUAUGCAUCGUGCGAAUCCAUACGCUGAGCCAAUGACGGCUAGAGAUGUUCGCAGGUCUACAAUUCUUGAUGAUGGGCUUCUAGCAUUUGGUGCUUCCAAGGAUGAAAAGCUAGCAGCUGGAUGGCCCCUUAGUGCAUGCGGGUAG